GAUCAAUCUCCAUCGAUCUCAAGUGGAAAGAGAGUUGAAUCAGCUGGUUUAGUGUUGUGGCAAGAAUAUGUCAGGUGCUGAAAGAAACCGAGGGGAGAUUGUCAUGGAGGAUGCUGAAAAGUCCUCACCAAUACCACAACAGGAAGAGGCCGUUGUCAAGAAAAAAUAUGGAGGAAUGAUGCCCAAGAAACCUCUACUUAUUUCUAAGGAUCAUGAACGAGCCUAUUUUGACUCUGCUGAUUGGGCCUUGGGAAAGUUGACAGUUGCCAUUGUUUUCAUGAUCACAACAUGGUGCAUCGAAGCCUAAAGGACCACUUGAGGCUCUGCGCCAA